AAACAAAGUGACAUUCACUCAGUCGCUCGCUCUGUCUUCUUGAUGUUCGUGUCAGAAUGACAGUUGUUUACAUGUUUCCGUGCUAAGGCAGACAUUUUAAACAAACACCUUCCGUGAUUUGUGUGACUUUCAGUCAACAGUUAUGGACGACAAAGUUGUGCGGAGCAGCUAGCGUUCGCUGAAUGAAUGUCAGCGUGAUUUGUUGGAAGUUGGUUGUCUCACCGCUAGCUCGCCUGCCGUUGUGUCCACAGAGACCGUGAUUAAAAAGCAGCCACAUAACAUCUGCGGAGCUGCCGUGAACGUGCGCUUGUCCUUUUGUUUUCGGACGCGAAGAAGCUCUGUGAGAUAUUUACACAUAUACAUAUAUAUAUUAUUAUUUUAUUUGUUUUACCAUGGAUCCAUUUGACAACAACAGCACAGACCGAGCAAACCUGCCGAGAAACAUGAUUGAGAACAGCAUGUUUGAAGAAGAGCCUGAUGUCAUGGAUUUGGCCAAAGACUCUGCAGCAUUUCCGACAUUUCCCACCCUUGACCCAGACGAGGUGGUGUUUGAGCCCAGUAGUUCACGGCUGCUCGUGCGAGGCCUGGGAGAGCACGACAUUGACGAGGACGAGGAGGACUGUGAGUCUUCGGCCCGUCUGCUCGGCAUGUCCUUCAUGAACCGCAGCUCGGCUCAUAGGUCCGGCUCUUCCCCGUACACCAGACAGUCUCCACCCAGGUCAUGUUCACGUCCCUCUGCCCGGACAAUGGUUGUAUGUGUGUUAUUACUGGUGAUAGUGGCAUCUAUGACUAUGGUACUAUACUUUUUACCUGGAUGCACCUUUACUAAGGCAGGCUGUCCUAAGACAAACAACACCGCGCCUCUCGAGCCCGUCUACCCCAUCUCCACAAAUGGCAAACCUUUUCCAUGGGCCCAGUUCCGGCUGCCUUUCAGUAUACAUCCCGUUAGCUAUGACAUCACCCUGAACCCGGACCUGGACAACAUGACCUUCACUGGGUGCACCGUCAUCACUAUGUCUGUCCAUCACAACACUUCGCUCAUUGUCUUUCAUGGUGCCAACCUCAACAUUACUAAAGCUUCCUUCAAGGUGGGUGAUGGGGAGGCACAUGAUGUGACUCUGCUGGAAUACAAACCCAGGCAGCAGUUAGCCUUUAAAUCAGCUGCAGAGCUGAAGCCGGGCCAGCUCUGCGUUCUGACCCUGGACUACUCUGCCAGCCUCUCACACACUUACGAUGGUUUCUACAACAGCUCGUACACGGAUAAAGAUGGAAACAAAAGGGUCCUGGCUGCAACCCAGUUUGAACCUCUGUCAGCCAGGAAGGCCUUCCCUUGCUUCGACGAGCCUGCUUUCAAAGCCACCUUUCUGAUUAAAAUCAACAGGAAAGCAAACUACAUGACUCUUUCUAACAUGCCCAAGGCCAAAUCCACGCCACUUUCAGGAGGCCUCGUGCAAGACGAGUUUGAAAAGACCUCUGUCAACAUGAGCACCUACCUGGUGGCGUUCAUUGUUGCUAAUUUCUCCCCGGUCAGCAAAAAUGUCUCAAAAACUCAAGUGUCGGUGUAUUCAGUGCCGGAGAAGGAACAGCACACAGAAUACGCUCUGGAGACGGCCUCCAAACUGCUGGAGUUCUACAAUAAUUUCUUUGAAAUAGACUACCCCCUCAAAAAACUAGAUUUGGUAGCCAUCCCAGACUUCCUGGCAGGUGCCAUGGAGAACUGGGGGCUCAUCACUUUCCGAGAGACCACCCUGCUGGUGGGCAAACAGUCGUCGCCCCUGGAGAAACAAGUGGUUGCGUCCGUCAUAGCGCACGAGCUUGCCCAUCAGUGGUUUGGAAACCUGGUAACGAUGAGAUGGUGGAACGACCUGUGGCUCAAUGAAGGCUUUGCCACAUACAUGCAGUACACGUCCCUGCAGACAGUGUAUCCCCAGCUGGACAUUGGUAACUUGUUCCUGGCAGUGCGUUUCAGAGCGUUGGACAAAGACGCACUUAACUCAUCCCAUGCUGUGUCAACAGAGGUGAACGCAGCAGAGCAGGUGGAAGAAAUGUUUGACUCCGUCUCAUAUGAAAAGGGUGCGUCUAUACUUUUGAUGCUGAAUGCUUCGCUGCCAGGGGAUCAACAGUUUAAAAAGGGUAUCAUUCAAUACCUAAACCAGUUCCGUGGUUUAAACACAGACACCAAUGACCUCUGGAACAGCCUCACACAGGUUUCAAUGCUGAACCAGAAUGUGUCAGAGAUGAUGAGCUCGUGGACUUCACAGAAAGGCUUCCCAUUGGUCACUGUGAGCCUCAAGGGCGACCAAGUGACCUUCACCCAAGAGCACUUUCUACUCACAUCUGAUAAUGCGACACAUACGUCCACCUUGUGGAAUAUUCCACUGACGUACGUAAACGACAGCUGUAGUUCGGCCCCUGAAUGCAGACAGGUGUUUACGCUGAAGACCAAGACAGGCACUCUUAAACUGCCGGGCAGUGUGAAGUGGCUGAAACUGAACUACAGGAACACGGGCUUCUACGUCGUCAACUACGGAGACGAAGGCUGGGCUGCUCUUAGGGAGGCUUUGUCCAGCAACGUCGGUGUCCUUACAAGUGAUGACCGGGCCUCGCUCAUACACAACAUCUUUGCUCUCUCCAGACUGGGACGCGUGUCCUUCCAUCAAGUCCUCAACCAUUUAUACUACAUGACCAAUGAAACGGAGACCUCUCCAGUGACGGAGGCCUUGUUGCAGCUUCAAAACAUUUACAGGCUGCUUGACAAGAGACAGGAGGUUGGUCUGGUGGCUCGCAUGAAGAAUUACAUUCUGCGUCAGUUUGGUUCACUGAUGGCUAACCAAACGUGGGGAGAAGAGAACAGCGUGUCUAAACAGGAGCUGCGCUCAGCCCUGCUGGAGACGGCUUGUCGUCUGAGAGAAGAAAACUGCAUCAGGCGAGCCAAAGCGCUGUUCAAACAGCACGUCGAGUCCAACGGGACGAUGCGGAUACCAGGCGAUCUGCAGCGAGUUGUGUUCACCGUGGCUGCGCAGUCAGACGAGGACUGGGUGACUCUGCUCAACAUGUACGCCAACACCACAUAUGAUGCGGAGAAGCGGAAAAUGAUACGGGGCCUGGCGUCCACGCAGAACACUCGCCAAUUAGUAUGGAUUCUGAAGACGGCUCUGAACGGAGACAUCAUCCAGACACAGGAGUUGCCCUUGGUCAUCAGCACUGUGUGCAACAACUUUGCUGGCUACUUGUUUGCCUGGGAUUUCAUCCGAGAAAACUGGGACCGACUCAUAGAAAAGUUCCCUGUGGGCUCGUAUGCCCUCCAGUCAAUCAUCAAAUCUUCCACCUCUCAGUUCUCCACACCAGCACACCUCGAUCAAGUGCAGUGUUUCUUCUCCAGUCUGAAGGAGCGCGGCUCUCAGAUGAGGAGCGUACAGGAAGCUUUAGAAACCAUUAGGCUGAAUCAGCGCUGGAUGGACCAGAACCUGUCUACACUCCGAAAAUGGCUCUAAUACAGACACUCCACCUCGUGUCGGGCUCAGUGACAGACGAACGGAGAGAGUGUUGGAAUGAUAACAGCAGUGUUUGCACUACUGUAGGGACUGUGUCUCCUAACUUUAUCCACAGAGAAGUAAACAAACCCAGAGUCUGUCUUUCACCUGGCUGGACAAGGUGUCAGAUUUUCUGAGACUGGGACCUGUAGAUCCCGAGCUCAGGGUGCCAGUCCUGGUAUCAAUCUCAGUCCUCAUUGAGGAUAGCGACUGAUCACUGACCACAUGAGGUCAGUUUGACACCACUUCCCCCCGCCCCCUUCCCUUUACUCAAAUAUACACAUAGACAUCAACAAAAUGAUGUCUGUACACGUGAUUGUAUGUGUUUGCACAAGUCCAGGAUGGAUUGGGAGCAUUCAGACCUGUACUUGGUGUAAUCCAGAUGUGAUUUAAAUCACUCAGGAUGGAUGUUCAUACCAGGUCUGAACGCGGCUCAGUGCGUUUGACAGCGAAGCCCCAUGUCUAACAAAGUGGUACAGUUCGGUUUCGUAUGACACCUUUUGCAAGUACGCGCUCCUUCGAUUGUCAGAAUUUGUGACGGUACCAAAAUGAGCAUUCCGUACAUCCCCACCUCUCAGUACCCUUCUGCUGGGCUACCGAGCGCAGAGGUCCAGCACCUGAAGAGUGGAGCUGGAACUGGGAAUGUCUGUUUGUCUGUUUGUCUGUUUGUUUAUUUGUUUGUUUGUUUUUUUACGCGUGUCAUUCUGGUGUGAUGUCACGCUAUUUAUAUACAGUAGCUGGGUGGAAACGCAAGUCAGACCAGGUUUUUGUACCACUGUGAGCUCGAGCGCUCUGAACCGCUUUGUUGAAACGCAGCCAAAACAAACGCAACCUCCUCAGCGCUACGUUGCGGUGUCGACCAAGCUCUCACAUAAUGCAGUCCUCACGCCUGAGCAGACAAUCAAGCUUCUCCCAAACUUAGGCUCAGCUCGCUCUCAGGCACUUCACUCCAUGAGCUGUUUGAUGGCCACUUCACAAAAAAGAAAAAGGAGCAAGUUUGAAGAAUGUCUGUGUGUUUGUGUCGUCUGUAGACGCAGCUGCCGCUGACCCCUCCGUACUCGAGAUGUGUUAGGGUUCUUAAUUAAGCUACGCUCAUGUCACUGUCGUACUACUUUAGUCAUAGUUUGGCAAGAAGACUGGGGGUUUAUUUCACCGAUAGCUUUAUAUUUCUGCAUCACAUGAAUGUACUGACGAAACCUCCCCACUGUGUGCAGUAGAUGGCGCGCUGCUCACAACACGUGCAGAUUUGAAUCAACAGCCAAUGUGUCUUAGACGAGAGAAGGCCGCGCACACUGGAGCCAAAUGUUUCCUUCCUGUCUUUCCUCCUUCCUUCCUAUCAGCCCAAUUUACCUCAAAUUUAAAGCGUAUCUAUUUUAAUUGCUCUCUCGCGAUCAUUGCGGUCUCUGUAAACUCAUUCUUUACCUCCGCGUGCUUGUAUAAACUUGUAAUUAUGAUGUAAAUAUGCUCAAGCCGACUGUACAACCCUCGCAGUUUUAGAUGUUAAAACAUUUUUACAUAUGCUUUAUUUUCUGUAAGCACACUAUAUGUGUAUAUAUGUAUAUAUAUAUAUAUAUAUAUACACACACAUAUAUAUAUAUAUAUACUUAUUACCGUGUUUCCUGAUUUUAGAGCACCCACCACAGGGAGGUACGUUGUUGUUGUUGAAUGUUUUAGUUUUAAGGGCUAAUGUGCAAAGUGUAUAGAAGGACAUCCGUAUUGGCCGUAAUGAGUCUGUCCAGCUCAUUGGCCAAUAAGAAAUACAGAAGAUGAACCAGCUGCAUUGCUCCUGAUAAAAACAAACAAAAAAACAUUUAUUUGCUCCGAGAUGUUAUUUAAACACAGUUGUACUCUCUCACUCCAAGCUUUAUUUUAAGUCCGUACUCGUCGACUUCAUCCUCUUGCGUUAAUGAAGAUAAUUGCUGUUUUAUUUAGAUUUUUUUUGUCACGCUUGUGUUUUGAAUUUGUGGUUCUCAUAUUUGUGUUACAGCCUCUAUGUGUGAAUUAUGUGUUUUAUAGAAGGAAUACAAUCAUUAGUGUAAAAGAACCCCUCUUCCACCUGACCGUGUGCAUUAAUGGGAUCAUUUGCUUAUGUGUGCCCUUGUCACUCCUGCAGGUUAUUUAGUUAGUUAGUUGGUUAGUAGGGGUGGUUGUUAUGUUUUGGUACGGGUUUGCUGGUUGAACCUCAGAGCAGUUCCGUUUUACUGACGCUGUAAAAGAAACGACUGAGUCCACACUCUCCCCGGGUUAACAGUGGAGCGACUCACUCCAAUCUUGUUCGUUCUAGUUUCAGAGACUGUGACCCUGUGAUCCACGCCUACCUAUGCCUUUAAGUGCACAUUGAAUAGUUUAAAAUCCUGAAUGUAUAAAGGAUUAUAUUAUAUACAUAUAUAUGAAGGAUUGUACUGUUGUGGAGACACAUUGUCAUUCUAGACACUUUUCCUUUUAAAUUGACAGAGGAGAUCCCCUUUAACGAGUGGGACAUUGCAAUUAGCAUGAUGGCACAUGAUGAUUUCCCCUUUAUUUUUCGGUUAGGAAAUGAAAAUGAUCAGGUACAGGGUUCAGUCAGAGCAGAGGUGUAGUAGAGAAGAAUACCUUAUGUAUUCUGCCUUUAAUGUUUUCUUUAUUCUUGCACUGGGAGAAAUACUGCAGAUGCUUUGACAAUGUGUUGCUUUCCAUGUGAAUGAAAAAUAAUAUAAAUAAAGUUGUUGUUUUUUUUUCCUGAAAGUGAAACUGAA